UAACGAACCCAAUCCAUACAAUAAGAGCCUUCACAGAGAGAGAGAGACACCCCCUAUUUCUCUCUCUACAACUACCCAGAGCCACCAUCAACCACCACCAUGGCGGCUGCUUCUGCUUCGUCAUCGCUCUCUCUCCUCCCCCGCACCCUCAACCACCACAGCUCCACCCCACACCCCAACCGCCUCUCCCUGUCGGGUCUCACCCCAAAGACACAGGCUUUACGCACCCGCCAUGGAAGGCGCGCAAGGGCCACCGUUAGGGCGGCGGCGGUGGAGACGCUCCAGAAGGCGGACACGUCUCUGGUGGAGAAGUCGAUCAACACGAUAAGAUUUCUGUCGAUAGACGCAGUGGAGAAGGCGAAUUCCGGUCACCCAGGUCUGCCCAUGGGGUGUGCUCCCAUGGGUCAUAUACUGUACGAUGAGGUCAUGAGGUACAACCCCUCCAACCCCUACUGGUUCAAUCGUGAUCGAUUCGUUCUCUCCGCUGGCCACGGCUGUAUGUUGCAGUAUGCUUUACUUCAUCUUGCUGGCUAUGACAGUGUUAAGGAAGAGGAUUUAAAGUCUUUCCGACAAUGGGGAAGUAGAACUCCUGGUCACCCAGAGAACUUCGAGACACCUGGGGUUGAAGUGACAACUGGCCCUCUUGGUCAGGGUAUUGCCAAUGCUGUUGGUCUGGCCGCUGUGGAGAAGCAUUUGGCUGCAAGAUUCAACAAACCUGACAAUGAGAUUGUCGACCACUACACGUAUGUGAUACUUGGUGAUGGAUGUCAAAUGGAAGGAAUUUCAAAUGAAGUUUGUUCCCUUGCUGGGCACUGGGGGCUUGGGAAGCUGAUUGCAUUUUAUGAUGAUAACCACAUUUCAAUUGAUGGUGACACUGAAAUUGCAUUUACUGAAAGUGUUGACACCCGUUUUGAGGGACUUGGGUGGCAUGUGAUUUGGGUGAAGAAUGGUAACACUGGGUAUGAUGAAAUUCGUGCUGCCAUCAAGGAAGCAAAGGCUGUUAAAGACAAGCCCACAUUGAUUAAGGUGACAACUACCAUUGGUUAUGGUUCUCCUAACAAGGCAAACUCAUAUAGUGUUCAUGGGAGUGCUUUGGGUGCUAAAGAAGUAGAUGCAACAAGGAAGAACCUUGGUUGGCCUCACGAGCCAUUCCAUGUGCCAGAGGAUGUCAAAAAGCACUGGAGCCGCCACAUCCCUGAUGGAGCUGCCCUUGAAGCUGAAUGGAAUGCCAAGUUUGCAGAGUAUGAGAAGAAAUACAAAGAAGAAGCAGCAGAAUUAAAGUCCAUCAUCACUGGUGAACUACCUGCUGGUUGGGAUAAAGCACUUCCGACUUACACUCCUGAAAGUGCUGCUGAUGCUACCAGAAAUCUGUCUCAACAAUGUCUUAAUGCUCUGGCCAAAGUUCUUCCUGGGCUCCUAGGUGGCAGUGCAGAUCUUGCUUCCUCCAACAUGACUUUGCUGAAAAUGUUUGGUGACUUCCAAAAAGGCACCCCUGAAGAGCGAAAUGUCCGUUUUGGUGUCAGGGAGCACGGGAUGGGUGCCAUCUGCAAUGGAAUUGCUCUGCACAGCCUUGGCCUUAUUCCCUACUGUGCAACCUUCUUUGUUUUCACCGACUACAUGAGGGCCGCCAUUAGGAUUUCUGCCUUAAGUGAAGCUGGAGUUAUUUAUGUGAUGACCCAUGAUUCAAUUGGGCUUGGAGAGGAUGGACCAACUCAUCAACCAAUUGAGCAUCUGGCAAGCUUCAGAGCCAUGCCAAACAUUCUAAUGCUCCGUCCUGCUGAUGGAAAUGAGACUGCUGGUGCAUAUAAGGUUGCAGUUGUUAACAGAAAGAGACCCUCGAUUCUUGCUCUCUCACGUCAAAAGCUUCCUCAGCUUCCUGGAACAUCCAUUGCAGGAGUUGAGAAAGGAGGUUACGCCAUUUCUGACAAUUCUUCAGGCAAUAAGCCAGAUGUUAUUUUGAUUGGAACUGGGUCCGAAUUGGAGAUUGCUGCCAAGGCAGGAGAUGAGCUGAGGAAGGAAGGAAAGACUGUAAGGGUGGUGUCCCUGGUUUCCUGGGAGUUGUUUGAUGACCAGUCCGAUGCAUACAAGGAAAGUGUCCUCCCAGCUGCUGUAACAGCUAGAGUCAGUAUUGAAGCAGGAUCCACAUUUGGAUGGGAGAAGAUUGUAGGAAGCAAGGGAAAGGCGAUUGGCAUUGACCGAUUUGGAGCCAGUGCACCAGCAGGAAAGAUCUACAAGGAGUUUGGAAUUACAGUGGAGGCUGUAAUUGAAGCAGCUAAGGCAGUUUGGUAGGCCUAGACCUGUAUUGUAGUCCUUUGGUUGGUUCAUUGUCAUUUUGAUGGGAUUUCAGGGAAUUCAGCAGAGAAGAGCUUGAGCUUUAGCUUUAGCAAAAUAAGAAAAAGUAAUAAGGAAAUGUGUUUUUGUUGUUUUUUUUUUUGUUCUUUUAUCAAUGAAGUUGGUGAUUUCUCAUUUGAGAUGAGUCUCCCGGGAUAUGACACAAUGUAGUUUAUACAAAGGAUGAUGGUCUCAAAUGUGUUAUAUUAUCCUCGCAUAUUUCUUUUUA